UUUAACCACCGGCACGGAUAUAAACAGACUAGAGACAACAAGACCAAACAAACGUCGGCGUACGGCAUUGACUUUUAGGCAGCAUGGCAAACGUGGACGUGUCAAGCAAUCUGGAGCGUCAUGUUGCACGUAGGACCUUUCCUCUUCUCGCGCGCACAAAGGUUUGCCGUAACCUCUUCGGACCCGUGGAUCACGAGGAGCUGCACGGUGAAAUGAAACGCAAACUCCAGGAGAUCUCCGAGCGGGACCAGAUCCGGUGGAAUUUUAACUUUGAGACCAGCUCUCCUUUGCCUGGAGAUUACGAGUGGGAGGCUAUUUCAGAGGACACUGUGCCGUUUUUCUACACGGAUAAAGUGCAAAGAGCUCUCUCAGCCGCGGCGUCUGUUAACGCGACAGGAGACGCGUCCGGCGCUGUUGACUGCGGGUUAAGUGGGGUUUCCAGGGAUCCGCUAGUUCAAGAAUCCGCGGACGUCCCGAGUCGAGCCAACGAAAUCAACCAGGAGAACCUCUCAGGUGCACUCAACUCAAGACCAACUCGGUCUCCGGUCCUCAGAAACAGGCGGAAGAGGUCCCUCAUCCCAGAGACCCCCAGACACAGCACGCCACAGAUUACAGACUUCUUCCCGAAAAGAAAAAGAACCCUGGAGGCCAAGCAGGAUGAGCGUAGCUCGCUUCAAGCCGUCACAUCCACCAGCAUUGAAGUCACGCCACGCAAAACAAUACGAUGAUGUUUGCACUACAUGCAGCAGUCCACCUGUGUUUAUCUGCAGAGCGGAUGAAAGAAAAAAAAAAAAAACAA